AUGUGGCUUGAACUAUUUUAAGAAAAGGAAAAUGUAUAAAUUGCCCUUCACUAUGUUAAAUAUGUGAAUAGAGAUCUAAUGAUCAAAUAGAAGUAUUAUUUUUAUAUAAUCUAAUCGAAAAUAACCCCAUGUUUUAAAAUAAACUAAGAGAAUUCCAUUUACACAUUAAAAUGUAUUUAAAAAGUUCAUUUACAAAAAGUUCCGAUUGAUCCAAAUUUACAAAUUGCUCAUUAUUCUAUUAAUGAGAUUUGUGAUAAUAUGGUUGAGUACAAUGUACUUAAUUUUAAUAAUUUAGGUUCAUUUUUUUUGUAGAACUUUAGAAUUUUUGUGUAAAAUAUCAAUUCAGGCUUUUUAGAAUAAAAGUUGAAUUAUAAGUAUUUUAAUGAAAUUGGACUAAAGAGAAUCACAUUAAUUCUUUUAUUUAACACUAUUUGUGAAAACUUGGAAGUAAAAAAUUAUAGUUUUUUGAAUUAUAUCAGAGAAAAAGUAUUUUCCAUUUAAUAGAUCUAAUUAAGAAUAGAGGAAUAACUAAAACCUUUCCUAUUAGUAAUUUAAUUUUAGAUAUUAUAUUUUGAUUCUGUUAAAAUUAAUUAAGUAAGGUUUCUUAUAAGAACUUAAUUAAAAUUGAUAUUUAAUAAUAGAGGAUAAUCUUUAGAUUUUAAUAUUAUUGAUACAAGUUUUUAUUCUGAUCAAUCAAUUCCUAUUCAAAUACAAAUUUAUGGAGAUAAUUAUCGAAAUUUUAAUUUAUAAAAUUUUUAAUUUUUUGAUGUGAUAGUUUAUAAUGCUAUCAAUUUUUUAAUUAUGAGUUCUGAUUUAGGAGAUUAUUAAGAUAAAGGAUUUGAAAUUGUCAAAUUGUAUUUUUAACAACACAACUUUGCUAUAUUUUCUAAAUAUGCGUCGACAAAUUAUUCUUGA